UCCAUGUGAAAACGCCCUCCACAUAAUGUACCAUGCGUCUCAGAGAGGUACAAGAGAUAGGGAUAUUGCAAAGAGGCUGCAAUAUUCUUCACGACAGGAUCUCAACUCCACAUGGAAAAAAAGUGGUCUGCAACCUCGACAAUGUAAAAUGAAAGUUAAUGUAUGGGAAAUAAAGCCACCUGAUUUUAGCUACAAACUGUAUACCUCUUCGAGAAUUCCAGAGAGACCAUCCAAACCCCUUAAGGAAGAAAAAAGGAGGAAAAAAAGCAGUUUUCCAGAUAUAAUGCUUCACUUGCCUAGCAUAAGGCAUCAUCCUAAGAAGGCCAUAACUCCUAAAUUUAUAACUACAUUUCCACGUCUGGAUUCACAGAAAGCAAAGUUAAUGUUUGUGAAGAGUGGACAAUAUCCAAAGGGUGUAUAUGUCAAUCCCAAACCACAUGACUUUCGACAGUGCCAACCUAGUUUACCCGACUUUAAGACAACUUAUGAAAAGGACCCCUUUGGAUUAAAAUUUAAGUCACAAUCCUUAAGUACAGUACAUGGAUGCCAUUUACUGAAAGACGAUAAACAGAAGAACACUACAGGAAAAUUUAUCACCCACAAGGGUCGUGAAUGCACCUGGGAUUCAAAACUAAUUUUGACAAAAGCCCCAUGGCCUGUUAGAUCGGCUUCAUUUACGAGAUAUAGAAGGCAGCGUGAUGUGUACAGUGCAUUUAUGGAUCGUGUGGAAGAAAAGUUUACAAAGAUAUGCAAGAGCAGGUGUUGGUGUCCAGAGGAGAAAUGGAAGAAACAGGGGCAAAAAGCUCAGAAAUUAGAAAUGGGUAUUCCUCAGGGCUUCACCCCAAGGGUAAUGAUGCCUACUUUAAAAACAAGGUCUUCAGAUAUUUGA